AUGAGUAUUAAUGCUCCGAAGCUAAGGUCAUUUGUCUUUCGUGGCGAUAUACAAUUGAUACAUCUUGAAAAUGUCCCUGUUCUUUCCAAUGUUCUGUAUGCGCCUAGAGAAUUAGUUCUACAGGACGAAGAUGAUUUUGUCGAUAAUGGAUCAACUGAAGUUAUACCAACAAGGCUUCCAUCAGCUCUUAACUGUCUGAAACGCCUAUUCAUGUCUUGGAUUACUCUUGGAGAGUUUUUUGAGCUUUCGUUUGCUCUUUGCAUAAUACGAAGCUCUCCAAAUUUGGAAGAAAUUGAAAUCAAGGAAUGUAUCCUUAGUGAUGGAGAUUAUUUCGAAUCUGUGCCCCAGGAGGUUGUUGAUGAGAUUCCUGCAAGGUUUUCGGAUAUCACAUUUAAUCAUCUGAGGACAGUUAAGUUUUAUGAUGUACUAUUAGAAGAGGUUGAAAUGCAGCUUAUCAAGGUUUUAUUGGCAAAGUCUCCAGCACUGGUGAAAAUGGUAAUCAAGCCUCCUCAAAUGGAAACUAACAAAUCUCUCGACGUACUCGCGGAGAUAACAAAGUUUCAACGGGCAUCAUCUAAAGUAGAAGUUGUGUAUCUUGUUGAUUAG